UGGGAAAGUCGCCGGCUGAGUCUCACACUUUCUCCGGAUUUCUUAACUUUCGGGUCGGGGGAGCAGGAAUAAAGCCGCCGAGCUAGGCGCGGAGGGGGUGCGGGCUCGCAGCGGCUGCGUGCUCGCAGACUUCCCGCCUGCGCCCAGCGGCCGGCCUCUGGGGCCAAGUGGGCAACGGGCGGCGGGCAGGCAGGUGGACCCGGGCCGCCGCGCCCGCGCCUUGGCUCUGCCCCCGGGAGCCGAGCGAGCCGCUGCUCCCUCGUGGUGUGAGGGCGGUGAUGUUUUUCCUCCCACCCACUUUUGAGUUCCCCCUCCCCCCUCGCGCGCACUCUAGCUCUCGCCACAACCUGCGAGCCCCAGACCUCGGAGGAGCGUCCCGAGGAGCUCGGAGCGCGUGCAUGCGUGGAAGACGGAGGAAGCCAGUGGCCAGCUUGAGUACAUCCGGCCCUGAAAGUUUUGAGUUACCUUUCGCAGUGGCCAAAAUGAGGAAAAAGUGGAAAAUGGGAGGCAUGAAAUGCAUCUUUCCCUUGUUGCUGUUCUUUCUUUCCCUAGAAGGAAGCAAAACAGAGCAAGUAAAACAUUCAGAGACAUAUUGUAUGUUUCAAGACAAGAAGUACAGAGUGGGUGAGAGAUGGCAUCCUUACCUGGAACCUUAUGGGUUGGUUUACUGCAUCAACUGCAUCUGCUCGGAGAAUGGCAAUGUGCUUUGCAGCCGAGUCAGAUGUCCAAGCCUUCAUUGCCUCUCUCCAGUGCAUAUUCCUCAUCUCUGUUGCCCUCAUUGCCCAGGUCCUGUCUCCAACCUCGUCUCUCCUCCGGCCGUCCCAGAGUCAGAGACCACAGUCGUUCAGAAAGAAGACUCCUUACCCCCAGCGAACAAUAAGGUGACCAGCAAGUCAUGUGAGUACAACGGGACUACUUACCAACAUGGUGAGCUGUUCAUGGCAGAAGGGCUCUUCCAGAACCGUCAACCCAAUCAGUGCACCCAAUGCAGCUGUUCGGAGGGAAAUGUGUACUGUGGUCUCAAGACUUGCCCCAGGUUAACCUGUGCAUUUCCAGUCUCAGUUCCGGAUUCCUGCUGCCGGGUAUGCAGAGGAGAUGGAGAAUUGUCGUGGGAACACUCUGAUGGCGAUAUCUUCCGGCAGCCUGCCAACAGAGAAGCAAGACAUUCUUACCACCGCUCUCACUAUGAUCCUCCACCAAGCCGACACGCUGGAGGUCUGCCCCGCUUUCCUGGGGCCAGAAGUCACCGGGGAGCUCUGAUGGAUUCCCAGCAAGCAUCAGGCACCAUCGUGCAGAUUGUCAUCAAUAACAAACACAGGCAUGGACAAGUGUGUGUUUCCAAUGGAAAGACCUAUUCCCAUGGCGAGUCCUGGCACCCGAACCUCCGGGCGUUUGGCAUUGUGGAGUGUGUGCUGUGCACUUGUAACGUCACCAAGCAAGAGUGUAAGAAAAUCCACUGCCCCAGUCGAUAUCCCUGCAAGUAUCCUCAAAAAAUAGACGGAAAGUGCUGCAAGGUGUGUCCAGGUAAAAAGGCAAAAGAAGAGCUUCCUGGCCAAAGCUUUGACAGCAAAGGCUACUUUUGUGGAGAAGAAACAAUGCCUGUGUAUGAAUCUGUGUUCAUGGAAGAUGGGGAGACCACCAGAAAAAUAGCCCUGGAGACGGAGAGACCACCUCAGGUAGAGGUCCAUGUGUGGACCAUUCGGAAGGGCAUUCUCCAGCAUUUCCAUAUUGAGAAGAUCUCCAAGAGGAUGUUUGAGGAGCUCCAUCACUUCAAGCUGGUGACUAGGACAACCCUGAGCCAGUGGAAGAUAUUCACUGAAGGAGAAGCUCAGAUCAGCCAGAUGUGUUCAAGUCGUGUGUGCAGAACAGAGCUUGAAGAUUUGGUCAAGGUUUUGUACCUGGAAAGGUCUGAGAAGGGUCACUGUUAGACGAGACAGACAGUAUUGCAUAGGGUAAAGCAAGAAAACUCAAGCUGCAGCUGGACUGCAGGAUUAUUUUGCUUAAGUCAACAGUACCCUAAAACCCCAAAUUCCAACACAGUUAAUUAUUCACGCCAUGCACAGCAUCACUCGCUCCUUUAUGUGGAGUGGUGUGUCAGCCCUUAAACAUCUCCUCCAAAAAGACUAGAAGAGUCUUGAAUUAUUCGUGGGAGGAAGAGGGAUAGAACACCACCACAGCACUCUAGUUUCUGGGAGAAUCACAUUUCUUUACAGGUUAAAGAGGAAACAGAACCCCAAGGUCUCUGUCUGGAAAGUCAUUCCAGUGAAAGAAGGAGGAGAGAAUUGCUUAGUAGGAGUUCUGUAGUACAGAGAAAAUACUUGUAUGAAAGUGUAAUCUUCGAAUUUUAGAAUGUCUUGUGUUUUUUACAAAAAUGAAUUCCCCAUCCUCACAUACACAGACAUGCACACACACACACACACACACACUAAACUACAACCUUCAUUCUGAGGCAAGGCUAAUAUACACUCUCCCUUCCUUUCCAUUGCCUGGCUCCCAAGUAGCUUGGAGGUUGUGGGUACCCAGGAGGAUGAAUAAGGAAUUGUGAGCAGAGGGCUCUGUCCUUAGGUCAGUGGGGUGGUGGUUGAGGUCACUGGCUAUGAUGGCAGGGUGAAGAAUAAGAACACCAUUUCAUGGUCACAUUCAGUUUGAAGCAGUAAAUAACUUUUCCCUAAUGAUAUGACUUUUUCUUUUCUCCCUGAACCUGUGGGGCCUCCAUAAAGAAGCUGGAAUUGGGGAAGAUUUUCAGAAACUGAGUCCAUAUUAGACAAAAUAAUUCUUGAUGAAAGGAGCUGAUAGAACUCAACAAGUCCAUCUCUGUGUUUUCAAGUCAAUAAAACUCACCAAUUAACAGCUCAAUACUCACUCAUUUUCUUGAGGCCAUAGUUCUUCAGUCCAAAAAUACAGGUUUAAUAUUAAAUUAUAAAAGCUCCUUGAAAGGGCAGUUUCCCUUCUCCAAUUACAGGAGCUGAUUUUUACUUUGCAAAGCAGAUCAUCUUUACAAGCUUCUCUGAAUGUUGGCUCUUUAGUUAGGAGAAUUAGUGCUCAUUUGGGGAGAUAGGAAUUCUGACAAAGGUCAUUAUCCUCUAAACCUUCCUCCCAUCCUCAUCUCAUCACCAAGCAUGGACUUGAAUCAUGGAUCUUAGAGACGGCUGCUCUGAAAAUGUCAAUAUUUGCAGCCCAAUACCAGAACAGAAAUUAUUCUGAGACCUGGCUUUAGAAAUCAUCUUUGUGGGAAAAACGAUAAAUUCUCCACAGCAAGGAUCUCAAGCCUGCCUUCUAUAUCUGUUGCCUCUGAGGGGCAUGAAUGAACUCUAGUGAGUACUUAGAAAUAUUAAGGACCCAGAAAUCUCAUAUUUCCUAGUCCAUGACCAUAGGUGAGAGGAACAUGAACAUGUUUUUCCUUAGAGUAUUUGAUACCAAUAGAGAAAAAUGUAAAAGGGUCCAGUCUUUGCAGCAAUCUAGCAUAAAGGAGUCUAUUCUGAUAAAAGAUACAGGGCCCUGUGGCCAGGUCUUCAUGGAUGAGCGCCCCACCAGCCCCUCACACACACCUCCUCCUCAGGAAAGGGAGGUAGGACAUCUGAGCUGAAAGGCCACAGAGCAUUAUUGCAGGAAGGGUGUUAAGAAGCCUCUGCCUGCCUCCCAGAGGUGGCAGUAUUUCCAUAGGGUGGAAACAAGGAACGGGAUCCUGAAGCAGAGGUAAUUUCCCUUCCUGAUGACUCACUCCAAAGCCUUCCCACCCAGGUGUUCUCUGAAAACUCAACCUUAAGGGAACACCCAGAGAGCUUCCCUAGACAGACUCUUGCCCCCAGGUGCCAGGACACACCCUUACAAACCGCUGUGUGAGGCAGGAGCUGGGGAGCCGCGCUAGGCCAGCACAGACACCUGCCGGUGGUUGGUGUUGUACAGGCCUAGGCCGCAGGGAGAAGAGGCCAAGCCGCCUGUAGUUAGUAGAGAGGAAUGGAUGUGGUUCUUCUUGUGUAUUUAUUUGUAUCAUAAACACUUGGAACAACAAAGACCAUAAGCACCAUUUAGCAGCUGUAGCCAUUUUAUAGUUAACUCACAUAAACAAGUAAUUACCCUUUCACUCUUACAGGACAUGUACCUAAAUAUGGUACUUAUUUAUGUAGUCACUGUAUUUCUGGAUUUUUAAGUUAAUAAAAAGGCUAAUUUUGAAAAA